AUGACCGUCCACGAGAUCCACUCGGUCGUCGAGUUCAGGGAUAUCAUUUCCCAGAACCCUAUGGUCGCCAUUGACGCAUCGGCUGUCUGGUGUGGGCCUUGCAAGUUUAUCUCGCCCUUAUUUGAGAAGUAUAUUCCCCUCCACGGCUCCGUCCUCGAGCUAUCGUUCAAAGACAGAGUGUACUUCGCCAAAUUCGAUGUCGACGGCGUCAGCGAUCUGGCCCAGGAACUCGGCAUCCGAGCCAUGCCCACCUUUACCUUCUUCAGGGACGGACAGAAGAUGUCCGAGUUUGCUGGCGCGGAUCCCAAAAGAUUGGCAGAAUCCCUUGCGGAGCUGAGUCAAUGA